AUGCUAGGCCAGCCGGUAGAGGCCCUGCAGGGCCACCAGGAGCUCCAGGGGCCAGAGGCCCAGCGGGACCUGCUGGGCCUGCAGGGCCUGCUGGGCCUCCGGGGCCUGCUGGGCCUCCAGGUGGCCCAGGUCCUGCAGGACCUCCAGGCCCCCCAGGUCCUCCAGGAGGCCCAGGCCCUGCAGGUCCUCCAGGCCCCCCAGGCCCUCCAGGCCCCCCAGGUCCUCCUGGUCCCCCAGGACCCCCGGGUCCCCCAGGACCCCCAGGACCCCCAGGACCUCCCGGAGGCUAAACCUGUUUUGUUGACUGGUGAUACAGAACAUGCUUCUAACACUGAAGUGUUAGAAGGAGUCUUUAUCAACCACAUUGGUGGGAUUCUGGCUACAAGCAGCAGCAAAGAAGUAAAUAACAUAUUACGCCUGUUGCAAAGGUAUAUAGCCAUCGGUAAUACUCCACAGCAAGCUCAGUCUCGGCAAAGAGCUGUACUGCCUCCAGCAAAGCUGGUUCCAGAUCCAAACCUACCAGGAAAUCAGCCUCCAAAUAUGAACUUUCCUGUCAUCAGCCUACCACAGAAUCAGGUGUUCCCGAUAGAUAUGAAUUUCCUUUCUACUCUCCUAGGAAUAUUAUCCACAAUGCAAACAUUGCCUAUAGUUGGUGGAGGAAUGACUGUACCACAGCAGCUACCGCCAGGGCAAGCAAUGCUGCCAAUUAUAGUUACACAGAUGGGACCACAGGGUGCAGUGCUCAGCUCUGAGGAAAUGUCACCUUCACAGUUUUUCACUGGGCUUCUCGUUCCUGGCAUGCAAGGAGCUAUGUUCCCUUCAGGCCAAGCUGAACCCCCUCCUGACGGUCAAGAUGGAUUUCUUCCAGUGGGCCAGGCCAAUCCCGAAGGCACGGCAGCAGGCAUUCAGAAGGUCUUCCCCACAGCCACUGAUGGACUGAGUGAGAUUCCAGGUGAAUUGUACCCAACUCCCUCUGGCUUCAGACAGCCAGAUGCUGGUACAAGUGGCAUGUUUGUAGAACCAACUGCGGACAUCAAUAUGGAACCAAGUGAGCUUCGGGAACCACCCACCUCUCUUGUAAAAUUCGAUAUGGGUAACAUGCAGAGUCCUCACAAUCUCUCUCAACCACUUGUGAGAGGAGACAGCCACAUACCCAUGAACACUGCAGCUAGUAAGCCUCUGAAUGUGCCCUGA